GCCGCGGCUGCGCCGGCGAACCCGCGGCCGCCCGCCCGAGCGCCGCGCUGCCCCCCCGUACCCUCCCCCGAGCCCAGCGGGAGCCGCGGCGGCCGCAGCCGCGUUGCGGCGGGGAGGUGGGAGCCGCGUUUGGCAGCCGGGGAAGGCAACGUUAUAAAAAGCCUUUGUCUUGGGAAUCAGCAUCGCGUCUCUCCUGCCGCCCGACGUGCUGCCGGCGGGGGCGAAAGCCACAUUUUCGGCUCGUUUGUUCUUUUCGCCGCCCCAGGCAUGUCUUGACACAGCCGCGAGAGAGCCCGGCGUUUCCAUGCACUUCCGACGGAUGUCUUCGGCUGGGGCGAGAGCGGUGGGGGUUUGAGACUUUGUAGCGUAUCUCGGUGCGAGCGUCCGUGAGAUUCCCAUGAUCGCAGUGUGAAGGAGGAAGAACUGGGAGAAAGAAGCGGUUGUGGUGAUUUCUCUUCUUGCUGGGUCAGCCUUCCUGGAUGGUUGCAUUACUGUCUUGUGGACACAUUGUCAAGCGCGCACAGAGACAGAGGCUUGGUUAUUUCCCCCCUUGUUUGGUUUCCGUCGUGAUCUCUGUGCAGAAAUCACCACUUUUCUCCCAGUUCGCCGGUCCGCACUGAGCAGCAGGAAUAUGCUCAUGAAGGAGUACCGGAUCUGUAUGCCUCUGACAGUUGAAGAGUACAGAAUUGGACAGCUGUAUAUGAUCAGCAAGCACAGCCAUGAGCAGAGUGACCGAGGGGAGGGUGUGGAAGUGGUGCAGAAUGAACCCUAUGAAGAUCCCAACCAUGGCAAUGGUCAGCUAACAGAAAAACGUGUCUAUCUCAACAGCAAACUGCCUAGCUGGGCUAGAGCAGUUGUUCCCAAAAUAUUUUACGUUACAGAGAAGGCCUGGAAUUAUUAUCCUUACACAAUCACAGGUAAGGAAUGUGGCAGAAAUGAUUGCUGCUUUGUGGUUUGGGGUAGUUUAGUUUAUCUUCAGAAACUCCAAGUUAUAUUUUGAACGACAAGCACCAAGUCUCUUUAACAACUCCUGUUGAACUGCAUAUUUUUCACCUUGUAUUAACUGGUAUCAGGAAAUUAAGAUUAUAGACUAAGGCUGGGUAAAACCUGGAGUGUUGUAUCUGUGCAAUUUCUUGCUUGCAAAGAAAACAUCAGGUGCUUGGAUUCUGUUGGUAUUUAUUGUCCCACAGGCUUUAGUCAAGUAUAAAUCUGCAGACUAUAUGACACAAUCAUUUUUAUUAUUAAUGUGUGUUUACUGUAAGGAUGUUGCAUAAUUGUUUUAUUUCACAUGUCUUUUUUUUCUUUUCCCUCUUUCUUUUUUUUUUUUUUUUUACAAAUGGACAAUUGGAAAUCAGAAUACACAUGUUCAUUUUUGCCUAAGUUCUCCAUUCAUAUAGAGACAAAAUAUGAGGACAACAAAGGAAGCAAUGACAGUAUUUUUGACAAAGAAGCUAAAGAUCUGGAGCGAGAAGUCUGCUUUAUUGAUAUUGCCAGUGAUGAGAUUCCUGAGCGCUAUUACAAGGAAUCAGAGGAUCCCAAAUACUUCAAGUCACAGAAAACUGGGAGAGGCCAAUUGAAAGAAGGCUGGAGAGAGACCCAUCAGCCAAUUAUGUGUUCCUACAAACUUGUGACUGUGAAAUUUGAAGUCUGGGGACUUCAAACCAGAGUAGAGCAAUUUGUACACAAGGUGGUCAGAGACAUCCUCCUGAUCGGUCACCGGCAGGCGUUCGCCUGGGUGGAUGAGUGGUAUGAUAUGACUAUGGAUGAUGUUCGAGAAUACGAGAAAAAUAUGCAUGAAAAAACCAACAUUAAAGUUUGCAACCAACAUUCAUCUACUGUGGAUGAAAUAGAGAGCCAUGCCAAAGCAAGAACAUGACAAUGGAUGAAGUCCGAGAGUUUGAACGAGCCACUCAGGAAGCUACCAACAAGAAGAUUGGGAUUUUCCCACCGGCAAUAUCGAUCUCUAACAUUUCCAUGCCUUCCUCAACCCGCAGUGCUCCAUCUAGUGCUCCAUCAACUCCUCUCUCCACAGAUGCUCCUGAUUUCCUAGCAGUUCCCAAAGAUCGGCCUCGGAAAAAGUCUGCUCCAGAAACUCUUACUCUUCCAGAUCCAUCGAAAAAACACUUUUAAAUUAACCCUGCAUGUUUCCUCCUGAUAAGCCAUGUCUGCCAUAGCAAGAGCGACAUAACUCAAUUGCUACAAAGGUCGUGGUGGUUUGUUGGUUGGGUUUUUCUGUUAAUUUCAAAUAAUCUUUCUGGUGUGGAAAGAUGACUCCUUUCUUCAGAGCUGAUCCUUAAAACCUUCUGAAAAGUGCAUGCAAGAGAAAGUAGUUUAUAUAUUCUUAAAGUAGUGUUUCAAGCCAUAUGGUGCAUCUUACUGACAUCAAUGGAACAGUCUGAGGGGAUGCUAUAAACGAAAACCAAUCUUUCUGUAGCAGUAUUCUGCCUGCAAACCCUCAUCUAGGUCACAGCAUUUAUAAUUAGGAGUAGGUAUUAAGUAAAUCUGCCAAGGACUUCUGAGGCAAAUUAGUGCCAACUAGAAUGCAGGGUUAACAGAAAAAAAACCCUCCCAUUUUCUUAUUUUAUAACCAAUUUUAAAAUCUUUCCCACUCUCAGGCUUCUCCUGUGUGUUCAUAAACCUUUGAUCUGUAACUCAUUGUACUUGAACACCAACAGAUCCACAUUUUGCUUAAUAUGACUCAGGAUUUGGGGCCUAAAACACAAACCACAAAUAUUUUCAAAACUAAAAUAUCACUGUAUCAAAGCCCCAGUUGUAAUUAAUUAUACCGACUUUGAGGCCAUUGAACUAUUUCUACCUUGCACAGAAUUUGUAAAAGAAACCACCCAUUUCUUGUAGAUAAUGUAUUCUAUUAACUCUCCCCUGUCCUUUUGUGAGCUCAGAGUGUUGGUGUUCAUCAGUGGUGUUCUGUGACAUUGAAAAAAGCAGCUGAAUUGUGCCAGUUGAGAAACAAAACAAUGAAUUCUGUUUUUUUCUUCUCGCUGCAAGCAGAGUGGGUAGUCAGGCUGGGAGACCUUGAAUGUAAAGGAAAGAAAACAGGAGACUCCUUUUUCUUUCCUGCCUCACAUCUUUGCUAAACAGAACAAUUUGACAGGGCUGGGUCCAGGCACUGCCUCGUUUGAGGAAGGGGCACAAAAUCAGUCACUUCAAAAAGCAAAUGAAUCGUGGGUGAUGUUGAAGAACCAGAAGUGCUCUUGCUGGUCUAUGUGUGAAAUCACUCUUCAAUCUCAGGAAUUCAAUUCAGACAAGGAUGUUUCCCAGGGGGAAGUGUAGAUGGUGGAAGAAGGAGAAAAAUGAGUGGCAGGAGUGGUCUCUUCCUUCCUUCCUCCUCAAAGCAUGAAGUGGGUGAGAACCUUUCCCUGCUAUCCCCUUUGGGGCACUUUGCUCUUCCACCCAAGCUGCUGUUCCAUGGCUGCUGCAGCUCCUGCCUCUUGGUGACACCACUGAGCCACUUCAAUCCCCAGGGAAUGAAUGACAGCUCCUACCUGAAUCAUGAUCCCAGGGUGUGACGCUUUGUGCCACCACUGACGGUUCAUGGAUUGAGAAAAAAAGAGACUUCUCCAAAGCUGAGCUGUCACUGAAUAUUGAACACUCAGCUUGGGGGUGCCCAGACCUGGGGCAUGGUGGCUGAAAUGCAGCUGCAGCGCAAGUUUUGUGGAAUGUCUGGUAUUUAGGGGAAGUUUUAGUAGCAGGAGUAAUUCCACUGCCAACCUGCACUGAAAUAAGUGUUCGUUUGUCUGAUAGGGGGAAUCCUAUCAGGAGCUCUCUGUAGCUUUGCUGUGGUCUGACUUCCUGCCUUUUUCUGUCUGGUUGGCUGCUAUUUAGGGGAAGAUAGCUUUUUCCAGAAUAUUCCCAGCAGGCACACAUGAAAGGAAAUGAGAAGGAAGGUCUGAGUAUUUCAGUGUAACACCUUGAGGAGAAGGGGUGGUUUUCAGUACUGAUCUUUCCCUUUCUGUUGUGUUUUCAGACACAUUUAUUAGGAUUAAAAGAAAGAGUUUUGCAGGUGUUCCUUGCUUCGUUUGCAAAAAUAAACUUUGCUGUGAUUAUUUACUGAGUUCAGCCUCAGAGCAUGGUGAACACAGCCGUGUUCCUCCUCUCUGCCACAGUAACAAGAAUUCUGCGAUGCAGCUCUGCUAGGACUUGGCAAGGAAUUGUUUCUCAAGGAGAAUACAGUUCAGAGCAAAAACUGUGACGAGUUUGUUCAGGUUUCUAUGAAAACCUCCAGGCUUUGCUUGGACUUUUGUGUAUUUGGGAUAGAACUACCAUUACAAAACAACUGGCAAUUCAGUGUAGCUUCAGAAGGGUUGAACUCCUAAAAAAUAAAAAAAGGAGGAACCCACUAAAGUUGUGAGGAGCAGCACAUUCCUGAAACUUACUCAUUUGGAUUUCUUAUGAAUGUAAUGGUUAAUUUUGUAAAGGAUGGGAUAAAUCCUAUGGAAAUUUGACCUUGUUCUUUGGCUUUUUUGAUUAUUCUGGAAGGUGAUUUUGUGACAUCUAGUAGCCAAUUUGCAUUAAUUGCUGCUGUAGAGACUUUGACUGAAAUAUUUGUUCCUUGAAUUUCAGUUUGUAACAAGACCGCUAUACUUUGCUAAAAUUGCUUUGAAGCUUGCUGCACUAUAACUUCAAAACAAUGUGUUAUCCUUUGAAAUAAGCCAAAAGUAUGUGCUUUUUAUGAAUUAGUGAGUGCAGUAAGAGAGAAUUCAAGAUCUUGUUAAUAGGAGAUUUUCUGUUGCCAUUGUUUGGACUUGGUUUUCUAUGUGUAAGUUAAAAUUGCUAAAUAAGUCUAAAAAUAUUUGCUUUAAAUGAACAGCAUGGUCAUUGAAUUAUGAUCCUCUGUAGUUUUGUGGUGUCACUAAAACAGGUUUUAUUGGUUUAUUUCAUUUCUGUGAUAAUUCCAUGUGAUUCUGUUAUGUCCAGUAAUUAAUUUCUUUUUUUAGAGCACUGAUGGCAACAUCAGGCAAUGCAUCACCACCAUCAAAGAAGGACCAAGUCUUGGUUUGCUCUGCACAUUCAGCAGUGCAAGGCUCAGCAGGAGAAUCUGACUGUCAUUUUUCUCAUAUCACUUAGUGUCUGUUUUUUCCAAGUUAUUUAUUAUUUUUAAUAUUGUCUUUUUCGUUGCAUUUUGUUGUAAAUAAACUACCAACAACUAUU